CCGUGUGUGUUGUUUGGCAUGUGCGCGUGUUGUGUAGGGUGCGUAAUGGAGGCGACCUUCUCGACACCACGAAUCGUGGAGCCGAUCUUCUCGACACCACAGACCAUGAGUCCCGAGAUCCACAUUCGCUUGGCAGAACCGUUUCCUCCUUGCGCGCGAUCCGUGCGGUAUUUUAGCAGUGUAACUACGAUCCACGGAGCGACCGCAGAGGACUUCGACGAGGACCCCUGGAUGACCGUCGUCCCGUGCCUGGAGGGGCAUGUUGACGGCUGGUGCGAUCGGAAUUGGGCCACGAUGGAGAGUUGCUGUCCUUCGGCAAGCCAGUACAAGUUCGCCAACAUGUUGGAAUUCGGGAACCUCAUCCUGGUGUCUGACGCUGUCCUCGGACACAAGUUCCUGAACCACAUGCGCAAAGCACUGGGCUGCAUUAGCCGCCAUGCAUGGUGCAACAUCGUUGCCAAUUCGAAAGGGGUGUUGUUGGACCUCGAAUUGUGUGAGGGGUUCGGAGCGGGUGUUGUGGACACCCAGUUCUACAGAGAACUCGUUCUCGUGGGUGGUUUUGUUUCGGCGCGUGAGUUUUUCGACAAGCUGGAGGACAAGAACAUCGUUCUUGACGUCCCCUGCGACGUCGGCCCCUCCCUGGAGCUCUCGUUGCCGUUCCGACCGUGCGGCGGUUGCGAGUCAAGCGGGGCGGCGGCGGAGGGCGGUGAUCUGGGUUCUGGUCCGGCUACUCAGCUGCACCGCGGCGAGAGCCGGGAACAGUUCGACGACAGCGAGGAGGAGGGGCCUGCAGCGCCGUUGAGGGACAGGCGGCGAUCGGUGUUGUCUAUUCCAGGGGUCGACAUUGGAGAUCCGGUUCGACGGGAGAGUGCGGAACCUACAGGAAAGGUGGCAGCCUCUUCGGAGGUCGACUUGGAGGCGAGCGAGGGCCAGAGUGUGGAUGAGGUGACCGUGGGCGGCCUGGGCACGCAAGGCACUCCGCAAAAGAGGAGGGGGGAUCGCACAGACGAGCCUCCAAUCGACGUCGAUGUCGGGUACUUCCUCGAGUACAAAGACGGCGUUCGGACAAAGAGGGAGUUAGAGGUUAGCCCUGCGCAGGUCGUCGAACUCGGAGAGUGGGAGGACCUAUGCAACCAGCGGUCCCUGGGUCCCGUGCUCGUGGGAGGGAUCAAAGAAGCGAUGCGGUUGGCGUUCGAAAACAAAGCGCAGUCUUACGAUUUGCCUACCCUGAAGCUGGCACCGCCAGGGCUUGAUAAACCGACUCCGGGGACCAAGGCAGAACGUUUGAGGCCGGACGAAUGGAGGGAUGAGUUGGCGGGGCAAUACUACUACUACGCGGUGUGUGGGCAGCACAACGCGGCUGCAGCAAGGUCGCUGCUAGACAGCGAGGUGGCUAGGAAAUACAAUUUCGAGCGGUGGCCUGCACGAAUGCUCUACUUUUCGGACGACGACUUCGAAGGGUACUUCCUUGUCAGUUCCCAGGACAACAAGAAGGACCUGAAGGCGCCCCCGAGACAGCUGAAGCUGUCAAUGAAAGUCAUUAGGUGGCAGUGGAAGCGCGACGGGUGCCCGCGUGCUGUUAUGGGAAACCCCAGCGGAAAACAGGCUCAGGUCCGAAAGUGGCGUGAAUUCUGUGAAGUCGUUCUCAAUAUGACACCGCACAACAACUUGUGGACGCUGGCAGAUCAGAAGGGCGACGACGCCAUCAGGAAGCAAGGCGCUGCCCUGCGUUCCUAUUUCCCACUGGCGAUGGCAGGGGAGAACGUAUGGAAACCGGCAGUCGACUUUUUCGAUAAAUGGGAGACCGGUAGAUUGCUCGGCCACGAUGGCGCAAAGUGGAUCAUGCGGAAGAAGAAGGUAAAAAAUGUGAGGCCCGGGGUUACCUACGUCGAGAACGACAAGACGGACAGGAAAGAGGUCGUGUACAACAUCCCUGUGGACCCGCCGACAAAGAAAGGCAAAAAGGAGAAAGAAGAGGGGGACUGGUUCGUACAAGUGCCUGAGCCAGAUGCACAUUGUUGGAAAUCGAUGAAGUCGCUGACCGACAACGAGAAGUGUCGCGUCCUGAAGAAGGUUUUCGCUUGCGAGGUGGUUUGGGUCCAGGCGGGCUCUGCGGCGUUGGCGAAGCUCGGGAAGCUGAGCGUCCAGGACAUGGUUCAUUUGGUGAAGUGCGACCGAGUGCUGGUGCGUCUAUGGAACUACUACCAGUUCAAGCACGAGAAGAGGCCGGAUGCGAAUUGGAGCCAGAGGAAAUACGUCGCUUACUCCUCGUUGUUCAAGGACUGCCCACCUUACAUGGGCUACGACGACGACCAAUCCAUCGAGGCGACGGAGAAGUUGGCCGGUCACAAGAAGUUGUCCGUCGACUGGAGGAAUAAGGUCCUGUCCGUUUUGACUGACAGUAGACUGAAGAGUCGCGAGAUCGCGCUUGCCGAAGGAAUUGUGCACAUAAAAUGGAAAGACACGGGCAACGUGACAUCCAUCGCGCCAUUCGGCAACGACCCCUUGGAGGCGGGAGGUGAAGGAGGCGUUGGUUGCCACAAAGAGUCACAUGUUCGUCCUCGAUCUCUGCGAACCGGUGGACCUGAAGCUGUGGAAACUGCAAGCCGGCAGCAGAACCUCUCGUUUCUGGCCAGCAUGAACCACCUUUCUUUCGUGAAGAUGCUGGAAGGGAAGUGGGUGAGGAAGAGUCAACAGAAGAAAAGCUUCCCCGUCGGGAAUAAUUUGUACACGGAAGACGACCGGAUGUACAUACUCUUCAAAGGCGACGAUUUGCGCGGUAACACGUCCGUCGUCUACGAGGGGAAACUGCCGCCUGCCGCCGCUGCUGCAGUGCGGCUGCCGCAGAAGGUUACGCAAACGGAUGUGUCCGACAUCCCGUUCAACCCUUGCGAUUGGUCGCAUGUCUCGCCUACGCGUCGGGGCAGUGUGUACGGCGACAUGGAACGCAACCCCGCGCAAUUCGUUAAUCUUCUCGAGUCCGUCACCAAGAAGGGGGAGGGUGUAUGCUUCCUCGGGAAGCCACACGCGCGAUCCGUGUGGGAACUGGUGAAGGCAGGACGGCACGUCAUCGCAAUGGAAGGGAACUCUGAGCUCUUGCAAUUUACAAUUGAUCUUGUCAAGAGCGAGGUCAAUUCGGGUGCCCACAUUUGCGAGUUCAUGGUCGUCAACGAGUCUCGCCCUCGCGCGUGGAACAACAAGACGGACAUGUGGUUCAAGUUGAGUGCAAGGAAGCGGAACAAGAUAUACGACUUCUUGUUCCUGCAAACGCGGCCCAAGAGAGACACUGACGCCGAGUACGUGCGCCGCAAGGAUCACAUGUUCACGCUGCUCGACAACUACCACGGCGCCUCCCGCAUGAACGCAAAGACCUUCCUCGAGAGGUUGCAGUCCCUGUACUUCGUGGAGUCGGAGGAGGAGUUGACGUUCGGCAGUUACUCCUCCUUGAUGUCCACGGAAGACGAGGAGACCACCGACCUCGAGUUCGACGCGACCGCGAACGAGGAGGGCAGCGACACCGAAAGCCUCGAUCUGCAAUACGACCCGCAUCCCGGGCAGCACACAACAGGGUCGUCCUUCGCAGGUCUGUCAACAAGCACGACAUCCCUCAUGUCACCGAUGGCGAAAGCGGCACCUGGCACUACCGCGAUGAAGUUGCUGCAGAGAAUGCAAGCUCUGGCCUCCGACCAUCGCUCACUGCGUCCCGGGUCUGACAUCCCGGCCGAUCAUCUGUUUUGGAAGGAUGCCAACAUUCACUUCCUGCCUGAGCCUCAAAGUCGUUCCACGGAGGCAGACUGGGGCCAUGACAUGAUUUGGCAUCCAGGAGUCAUCCAGCCGGCGAUUCAAAAGGGUGAGUGGAUCGUGGCCGUCGCUGUCCCGGACGGAGGAUGGGUGCCCCUCCCUCGCGGGUCGAAGUCUGACUUCCUCGACGUCGCUAGAAUUGCGGUCCUCCAGAAAGUGAGGGCCGAGAAUGACUCUUUCGCACCCGAAGACGUGUCCGUCAUUUCCACAGUCGGGCGAUUGUUCGCCGAACUUCAGGACAAGUGCUGGUUGGAGCUGACGGAGGACUACUACGACCUCGAUACGAGCCCCUCGAAGGGAAGGGUGGACUGGAAAAUCCCCCCUCCCAGUGGGACGCGUGUAAGUACAAGGUCCCGGGGACCGGACGAAGGGGAGAACGAGGGCGACGAGGCUGGUGGCGGCAAAGGAGUCCCGCCUGGUUCGGAGGGGGGGUCUCAAGGGGACACCACGACAGCGGAAGGCAGCAGCGGGGUGGCGGGGGAGGCCUUCGGGCGUCAGCAGUCUACCGGUCCCGGUCCGGCAAGCUCGGCACAGUCAGCGGACGUGCGCACUUCAUCCGCCGGCUCGGUGAUGGCGGCCUUGGUUGCUCUCCGUGCCGGCUCGGUCGAAACUUGUGCGGUGAGGGACGGGACAGCGCCGCCUGCGGGGGACCGCCAACCGCUUCGGUCGGAGCGAGAGGGUACGUGCGGAGGGCCCGGCGACAGGGAGACGGCGAAGUUCGCCGGGAUCCGAACUUCUUCAGGCAAGGGGGGCCAACCAGGGAUUGUCGUGCCGGCGGGAGGGGCUGCGUGCGGCGAGUGGGAAGGGCAUUUGUCGGAAUUUGACACGGGCUCGGGCCAAGUGGCUGGAUUGCAUGCACGGGAAGAAGGUUGGGUGAUGGACAAAGAGAAGGAAGGGGAGGAAGGAGAUACAGGGGAGGAAUUGGAGGAAGGAGGGGAUGAAGGGGAGGAAGAAGAGGAUGAAGGGGAGGAAGGAGAGGAAGGGGAAGAAACGGAGUUGGCUGGGUUGCUAGGAGGGAAUGACGGGGAAAAAGGUGAACUCGAUACUGGAGACGACGAACGGACGUUCGGCGACGACGAUGACAGAUCUGGAAAGUCGUCUGACGGAUUCGGGCAGCUGUACGGAGAACAUCGCGAGGAAGACGACGACGACGAUGACACGGCACUGGGUAUGGAGACACAGGUGGUCACAAGCCUUUCGGCAGAACGUGAUGACUAUGAGGUCGAAGCAAUGACGUCUGCCGUCGAUUUCCAACAACGGUUCAACGACGCUAGUGUUGCAGUCAGCCUGAAUAAACCGAGCGUGCGUAUUCACAUCGAACAAGUUAUCGACGGCAUCCUGGGCGACCACCACAUGUCCGCGCAGCCGUCCUCUAUGCCUGGUGUCGACGACCCUCUCGACGUCAAACCUUCCGGGGGAUCUGUCGUGGCUUUGUCGCCGACGAACUCUCCGAUGCUGCCGCCGACCAUCGCCAGCGGAGGAGAAGGCGAGAUGGGGGGACAACAAGACGUCACAUCCCCGAAAAAAACUGCCGCCGGCACUCGAGCUCUCGACGUGCUGGCCUUGCCCACGCCAACUUCGCCGAUUAAGGAGCGGAGAGAUAAACCAGCUGUGCGGACCACGACACCUGGAACAGCAGUGACUGCGAUUGGAAGCUUGCGGGUUUUGGACGACAUUGAACGAGGCUUGGUGCCACCUGACACUGUACUCUCGACCCUCGGCGAUGGUCAGUUGCGCAUUGCAGCGAAGAAUAUUCUAACCCUCUCACUUACCGACGGCAGGGUGAAUGAUGAGGUCGUCAACUUUUACAUGGCGCUAUUGGGAACGACCGCAUAUGGGAUACGUGACAUCUCGUCAGGCCUUCAAGUCUUCAACUUUCAUUCUUUCUUCUUCAGUAAACUGCAACUUCAAGAACACGGCGGGGUGGAAAGAUAGGCUAAAAACGUGGAUCUCCUUCAAUAUGAUAUUAUCUUCGUUCCGGUCCUCAAAGAUAAUGAUCACUGGAUCCUCCUUUCCGUGAACUUGAGAGAUAAUGUUCUUGAGAUUUUCGAUUUUUUUCCUUGCGUUGUAGCCGGUUCUAGUUUUUACCUUAGUGUUUUCGAGUUGAUCGUACACUAUUUGGAAUGUCAAACAUCACAUAGGCGGUCGUGCAGGCGCUUGAAGUCGGUAGCAACAAAUGUUGUUAUAGAGG